CAGCGACUAUCGAAUUCAUCGACCGCAGAGCGGCCAAUCUAUCACGAUGAAUCAUAACGCAGUUAUUAACCUUUCUGGAGACGAUAUCAAAACGCUGGAGACGUUGCGGGCACGCUUGAUGCCUCUGGCGUACAACCUCCAGCAGCUUCAGAAUGAGAUUGCUGCGUCACCCGACGGCCUGCUGAAAUGGCCAACCGUCCAACGGGCCUCAUCCCUCUUGAAUAGCCAUCUCUCAACCAUCCAAAAACUCAUAUCUGAAAAUUCCGAGCUUCUACAAUAUUUGUACCCCUACCCUGUACCACCAUUUCCAGCUGAGCGGCUCGAGGGACUCUCUGCUGCCCUUGUGCGCAAAAAGCCCGAGCCCGGUGAUGAGAAAUGGAUACUAGAGCGCCUAAAGAAAGCAGCUGAAUUCUGUGAGGGGGUUGACGACUUCGGAGUUGAUGUUAAGAAAGACCCAUCUAUUGAUGAUCAAGAUAUUAAGAUGAAGGACGACGACGAUGAUGAUGGUGAUGACGCUGACGAUGAAGACGGAAACAGGAAAAGGAUUAUUGGGGGUGUAAAGCGGGUUAAGGGAAAUCUAUCUCAAAAUGACAUUACAGCUCUCUGGAAUAGUGCUGGCAAGUGGGUAUUUGACACGGCGAUAAAAGAUGAGGAAUCAUCCGACGACGAGCAAGGUGGAGAUGCAUCGAGUUCGGAGCCAUCACCUACAGAAGACAAAGAAAUGAAGGGCAUGCAGCCGACCAGCAUUGAGGCAGCUCAGACAGAAGCUCUUCUUCCUUUAAUGAAGCUAGGUACGAUCCUUAAGUUCAUGGAAACGGGGGAUAUUGUCGUCGACCAAUUGUAGUUGUUGGUCACCCAUGGAUGAUCUGUUUAAGGGACACACGGCGGAAGAGGUGUGCAUGGCGACGGCGGAUAUUGAAUGGGGUUGGAGUUAAGGUGGGCACAGAGUCCCUAUGCUUGGAUCGGAGUUUGGGGUUCACAGCACGCUCAUCACAUAGUGAGCUAAAUUCUUAGUUCUCGCCGAAAUUAAGAGCAGAAGAGCCUAGCCGAAGC